CGUCCGCACAGGUUCUCCAGAUUUAAGUUUUUACUUUUCCACAACGCAUUACUAAAAUGAGUGUAUCACUUUUUUCGCUACUUGAAAAUAACAUCAGCACCCCACGAAAACUUCCUCGUAAAAAUAGUUGGAAAGAUAUCAAAAACCAAACUAAUUUCGAACGCAAGCACUUGGCUCAAGCACCUUCAGAUGCUGGAUAUUUAAACUAUCCUCACGGUAUCAUAUCAGAUAUCAACGAAUACAAUACAAAUCUCAAAAAAACGGUUUGUUCUGCAUUUUAUUCUUCGAAUACAAGUACGCUAAAAGCUACAAGCUUCAAUCGUGAAAUAAGUACAAGCCCGAAGAUCGUUGGAGUUGAGAGAAAAAAGAUUAUCAAAUACGAACCCAUCUAUAUGCAGAAGAGACAUUCUUUGGAAUUAGGAGACAUUCGAAGCAUAGAAGAACUUCAACAACAAACUCCUCGGUGUAUUGAGCCAGUGGAAGCUCCAAGGACCUUGUUAAAAGUAGAACAUAAACAGCUCCAGAUCCCAACAAAGGAACAAGAAUUAUUUACUCCUCAGACCAAAUUGAUCAAACCAUCAGUCCCGAUAACCAGUGCACCCUCCAAUUGUUCUCAAGAGUUUGAUAAUUUAAAACGCCAAUCCUCAGUAAGAGAUCGGAUAUCAUUUUUUAACCAACUUUCCACCGAAAAAGUUCCUGAUAACUGCCAAAUAAGUUCAACAAAGCCAAAGAGCACCUUUUUGUCAUUGCUACAAAAAGAGGACCCUCGGGAAUCAAAAGCAUAUGUCCGUCUUUCACAGUUAAUAAACAAAAUAUCUGUGGUAAGAAGUGCUUUCCGGAAUCAUCAUCGUGAAUCAACUAAGAAAGCAGCAUCACCCGAUUUUACAACAGCCAGGAGUUGUACACAUACUUUUAAAUUCGGAACACAUUCUCUGCCAGCUCCACUCAAAAGGAAGCCAUCAUUCGAAAAGACAAAACCUGUAGCUCUAUCUAUUGGGAAAAGUUUAAAUAGCUACGGGACAAAUCCGAGGAGACACCAUUUGAUGCAGGAUCUAUCACUUGUUGUUCCAGUUAAAUUCAGAGUUGCUGAAUUUGAAAAGAACAUUUUAAAGAAACAUUAGUUUCUGUAUAAACA